AUGUUUCUUUUUUUAAUUCUUGAUUUGUUCUUUCUUUCUUUCGUUCUUUUUUUUUUCUUUCUUUCGUUCUUUUUUCUUUUUUUCUUAAACAUUUCUAAAUCUUAUCAUAUUUUUUCUUUCUUUUCAUUUCUACAUUUGAUCAUAUUUUUUCUUUCUUUCUUUCUUUCUUUCUUUCUUUCUUUCUUUCUUAAAUAUUUCAAGUUCUCAUCAUCUUUCUUUCUUUCCUAUAAGAAACUCGAUGUGUGUUUUCCUGUUCUAUCUAUCUAUCUAUCUAUCUAUCUAUCUAUCUAUCUAUCUAUCUCAGUAGAUUCCAAUCUAUCUAUCUAUCUAUCUAUCUAUCUAUCUAUCUAUCUAUCUAUCUAUCUAUCUAUUUUCGGUUUUGCACUUUGCAACACAGGUGGAGUCGCUUUCUUUAUAUUUUUUCAUUUUUCUUCUUCUUUCCUUUUGAGUGUCUUUCCCUCCUCUAAAUCUUCACUUUUUUCUUUUCUCACCUUCUUCUUUUACUUUUUCCAUUUCUCUCCUUAUUUUUGUUGUUUUUUUAUUUUCUCUCCUACUUUUUAUCUUUCUCUCUUUUUUAGUUUAUUUUCAUCUUUUUCCCAUGUUAUCCCCUUUUAUUUUGCCCUUCUUUUUAGUUUCUUUACCUUUUCUUCCUUUUCUUUUUCCCCUUCUAAAUUAUCCUUUUUUCUCUCCUUUAUAGUUUCUCUUACUCCUUUUCCUUUUUCUCUUUUUAUUUUCCCUUUUUCUCUCCACCUUAUUUUCCACACUUUCAUUUUUCUUUUCCUAUUUUAUUUUUCUGUCUUCUCCCCUUCUUCUCCUCUCCUUCUUAUUUUUCCUUCCUUAUUAACUAUUUUUCUUACUUGUUAUUUUCUUUUUCUUCUUUUCUUUCCUCUUCUUUUUUUUACCAUUUUUCUUCUCUCCUUUCUGUUUUGUCUGUCUUUUUCUCGCACCGUAUAA